AUGCCUCAACCGACACUCCCUCCCACACCUGCCUCCUCGACCGACAUCAAAGGCAAGGAUGGCACAAAAGACAUUACCAGUCUCCAAAUGGCCUUCGAACUUCCUCCUCCAGCCAUGGCAUCUGCCUCCCCGGCGAGGGAAUCGAGGGGCCAGUCUUCGAGGACUGAAUACCCGGUACAGCCUAGCGAGACUGUCAAAUCGAGGCGAAGAUCGUCCGCCGCGAAUAAGGAAGCCAAAGUUCCCUUUGAACUCCCGCCGCCACCAACGAGGUCGAGGAAGAUUAUCCAAAUGAAGCCGAAGAAGCAAGAGGAGAAGGAAGAUGUUAGCGAGAAAACUGGAACGACAGCCAAGGCAACGGGAGCCGGGAGCAAAUCGACUGCAGCCUCCUCCGCUUCUUCUUCUUCGUCGGCUUCUACCGCUACCGCCGCUUCGAAUGCUACUGGUGCGGCCGGUGGCAGCAAGAAGAAGCAGCCAUCGGCCACGAGCGCGGCGGGAAGGAAAAUCGCCCGAAAGACUGCCCACAGCCUUAUCGAGAGGCGGCGAAGGUCGAAGAUGAACGAGGAGUUUGCCGUUCUGAAAAGUAUGAUUCCUGCCUGCACUGGAGAGAUGCACAAGCUUGCUAUUUUGCAGGCCUCGAUAGAAUAUGUGCGUUAUUUGGAGGAUUGUGUAUCCAAGCUGAAAGCGGAGCGUGAGGAGCGGGAGCCCAGCGAAUCGUCGGAACAUUCCGCUGUCGACACACCUACCAUACAAGAGACUUAUGCCUCGGACACUCGUCACCACCACCAUCAUCACCACCACAACCCCCACCACCCACAAUCGCAGCAACACGUGUAUCACCCGGGGCAUAGCAAUCGUGUCGAAGACGAACCUGCCGACGUCGAGAUGACGGGAUCGACUGUCCCGUCCCCAACGUAUAGCAAUGCUCCAAGCUCUCACCGAGCUUCAAUAUCGCCUGCGCUUCAAGCUCGGGAUGGCUCUCCUCGAAGAGAGUCGUACUCCUCCUCAGUGUCUGCCGAGCAUCAUCGGCGCUUCAGCUAUGCGACGUCCGCGACGACAUCCCCUGCGUUUGGGCCGCAAACGGCAUUCGGUUAUGGAGCGCCCGGGACGCUCCCGUCACUCAGCUCGGCUCUAACAAGCCCAGCGCUCGGUCCCCAAGGCGAUGCUGACCAUGAAGCGACGGCGGCCUUACUAAUGCUCAACACUGAUCGGAGGGGAUACUUUGGCCAGAGGCAUUUGUCUGUGAGCCAAGGUGAAAGCGGACCUAAGCCUCAGCCUCAGGGUGGGGCCGGCCGAGGAAUGUCGGUUCGCGAUUUGCUCAGUACCUGA